GUGUAAACCGCGUCAUACAAAUAGCUCCCUCUGCACAAAAUGUACGCUGGUCCUCGUCUCUCUCCCGCUCCCCAGCUCCACCUCAAAAACCACAGUGGGUCGAGGAAAUCAUCAUCCGACGUCGUUCGGCAAUCACGUCAACAACAAAAAAAUCAUAGAAAAAACCGAAAAUCGAAAACAUAAUGUCAUGCCUCAGAUCAAACACAUGGAAAAUAUCCAUUCUUUGUUUUUCCAUUUUCCUCUUCGUUCCUUUAAUUUCCGGUACUCCUGACCUUUUCGACAUCAUACGAAGAACAGCGGUAGAGGUAGGCGGCGAGAGAGGGAGCGUAGGGUUUCACGGGGUGGUGGGAUGGGACACAGCAGCAAGGAGGUUUCUUGAAGGAAAAGAUGGAGAAAACAGGACUGUCAUGUUAUUGGCUGAGCAGAGGACACGGCGGAGAGACCCUCUCGACGCGUUCAAGAAAUACAAUGGUGGCUGGAAUAUCAGCAAUAAGCAUUACUGGGCUUCUGUUGGUUUCACAGCGGCGCCCUUCUUCGUCACCGCCGUUGUGUGGUUCGUGCUGUUCGGGAUAAGCCUGUUGCUCAUCUACUUCUGCUACUGCUGCUGUCGGAAAGAGCCGUAUGGCUAUUCUAGAGUAGCAUAUGUUCUCUCACUCUCCAUCCUCAUUUUCUUCACACUCAUGGCAAUUUUGGGAUGUGCUGUGCUCUACACUGGCCAGGACAGGUUCCAUGGCAGCACGUGCAGCACGCUUGGAUACGUCGUGGGGCAGGCAGAUAGGACUGCCGAAAACCUCAGGAACGUGUCAGACUAUCUCAAUGCAGCUAAGAAGAUUGGUAUCGACGCCAUUGUUCUUCCGGCAGACAUUCAGCAGAGCAUUGAUGGUGUUAUGGGAACCAUAAAAAAUGCUGCCGAUAUACUCUCUGAUACAACCGAAAAGAAUUCGAAACGUAUAGAAGAUGGCUUGGAUAUCAUGAGACUAGCUCUCAUUGUUCUUGCUGCUGUUAUGCUUUGUUUGGUCUUCGUUGGAUUUUUGGUUUCCAUUUUUGGGAUGGAAUGUCUUGUAUACAUUUUGGUGAUUCUUGGGUGGAUUCUCGUCACAGGAACAUUCAUUUUGUGUGGUGUAUUUCUCCUUGUCCAUAAUGUGUUUGCAGAUGCAUGUGUUUCAAUGAAUGAGUGGGUGCAGAAGAGCCCCACAGCUCAUACUGCCUUAGAUGAUAUACUUCCAUGUGUGAACAAAAACAUGGCCCAGGAGGCCUUGUCGCGGACUAGGGAUGCAACCUUCUAUGCUGUUUUUGUGCUCAACCGUGUUGUCACCGAUAUUGCAAAUACUAAUUCCCCGGCUAAUGGUCCCUUGCACUUCAACCAGACCGGCCCACCAUUGCCGCUUCUUUGCAACCCCUUUGAUGAAAAACGCAACGAGCGAAAGUGUGUCGAUGGUGAAAUUCAAAUGCAAGAUGCUCAAGAGGUGUGGAAGAAGUAUGUGUGUCAAUCUUCGCCAGCGAAUGUUUGUAUAACUCCUGGUCGGUUAACUCCAAACUACUAUGACCAAUUGUCCGCCUUCGUCAAUGUUAGCUACGCUCUCUAUCGUUACAGUCCCUUCUUUCUUGAUCUUAUAGACUGCACAUUUGUUAGGGAUGCUUUCUCGGACAUAAGUAGAGAUCAUUGCCCCGCUUUGCGAAUACAUAGUGCCUGGAUGUACAUUGGCUUGUUUUUGGUAUCUGCAGCUGUAAUGUUGUCCUUGAUCUUCUGGGUAAUCUAUGCCCGGGAACGAAGACACCGUGUCUAUACCAAAAAGGUUUUGUCUUCUAGGGUUUGGCUAGAACAACCUGCAGAGGUGGGGCUGUCUCAGACUUAUUCCAGGUCCUCCUCCACGAGAACUCCCAUGCAUUCCGGACUCCAUGAUAGGGCGCAUAACAUUUAAAUUUGCAUAUAGAACAAGCAAGCAAAGCUUCCUUUUUUUUUUUGGUUCUUUUUCCUUGGAUCUACAUUUGAGUAAUGUACCCUCAAUUUUUUGUAUAUUAUACCUACUUAUUGCUAGAA